UAUAUCUUAUCUAUCUCAGUGAAUAUCUAUGAAUCGUGUACCCAUCCGUCCGCAGUGCUAUCUAGUUGUUUUAUAAUAUGUCUAUGAUAACAAUAUUUUUUUUUUUUUUUAUCAAUUUUCAAACAACAAUAAAAAAAAAUUUGUCUACUUAUCACUUAAAGAUAAUAUUUUUUUCUCCUGUAAAAUAAACAUAAUAUAAAAAUUCAAUAUUGUGAAAUGUGAAUGACGAAUGUGAAUGAUGUGAACGAUAUGAAGUGAACGCUGAACAAUAUGCCAGUAUCCUACAUUGAUACGCAAUGUGUGUGUUUAAUAAAACAAUUGCAGUUUAAAUUAUUUAAUUUUGGUAGAAUAUGAAGCAAAUAUUAUCAUUUGAUUGUAAUUAAUUUACAAUUCAAAUUUAAAACAAUAGUUUAUUAAUUGCUGAUACGUCAAAAUUUAACUAUUUAAUAUCAAGUACAUGUUGUGUCCUAUUUUGUUUUGUCUCUGAUUUGAUAUUUAAUUUGAUAAUAAAAUAAACUAGUUAUGGAAGACCCUCAGAGUUUAGAAACAAAUAGAUUGCAAUCAAAUAUAAUGAACAAUAGUACUUCAGUAGACGAAGAACAUGUAUGUAAACUGGUUCUUUACACAGAAAUACCAAGUAUCAACGUUCGUGUAUGGGAUGUAGCAAUACUUAUUCCUAACCUAAUAUUCAUGAUGUACUUAGUGACCAAGUUUAGUCGUGCAAGAUUAAAACUUCGAGCUGCCAACAGUCCUAUUUUUUUUACAUUUUACUGUUUGGUUUUGUUCAAUGUAUUUACAAGUAUACUAAGAUGCCUAAUUUCAAUGACACUCGAUUUUAGUAAUUUGGCUGCUGAUUCCAUCAAUAUAACGCUUUGGAUUAUAGUCAAAUGUUUCUUUUUGGCUACUGAAAUGAGUGUAGUAGUAUUUGCCCUAGCUUUUGGUCAUAUGGAAAGUAGAAGCAGCAUAAGAUAUGUACUAAUCACCACGUCAUUUAUUUCAUUAGCUUAUUCGGCUAGUCAAGGAGCCUUGGAAAUUUUUAUGCCAGACUCCAUUUUUAGAAUCAACUCUAAAGAUUUAAAUUUAUUUGGUCAUGGUGGUAUUGUAUUCUGGUUAAUAAGUUCUGUCAUUUUUACUAUGCUGUAUUUGCUCAUACUGGUAUUGCCUCAGACUAGACUUCGGGAGAAACUUGCAUUACCGGUUAACCGGUCAUUUUAUGUAUAUGUAUCACUUUUAGCAAAUUUAAAUGGUAUUGGCUCUAUUGGUUGUACAUUUUUAUUACUAACAAUUAAAGAAGGGCUUUGUAUUGUCGAUGUCACAACAUUUCUAUAUUUUACACUAUUUACACCUCUAGUCUAUGUUACAUUUUUGAGCUCAUUCUUUAGUGUUUCACAAUCAAGUAUUAUGUUUUCAUAUAAAGCACAAAACGAUGAUCGUGUUGAAGAAGAUACUGUAUCAUUACCUCAUCAACCAUCAUUUUCAUCCUUAAAAACCGAUUCCGAUUAUAUUUAUCAGACAGAUAAUAUAUACAACAACACUCGUUUUUCUGUUAGUGAUAGACAAAUAGCAAAUCCAUUGUACAAUGCUUCAUUGCAAAGUCCUGAUAGCAUUACUGGUUAUAGCAUGGAUGAGCAAACUAUUGACAUUGAAGAACAAAAAAAGUAAUAAUGUAUAUACUAUAUAGUUUUAGAAUAUUUUUCUGGUGUUCCUGUGUUUGUUUUAUUAUUUUAAUAUUUUUACUACCUAGAUGAUUAAGUUGUGUAAUAGAUAAUUGUAUAAUAUAUUUUUAAAUUAAAAUGUAGUUAAUUUAAUUAAUUGGUGAAAUAACCAUCACAAUUUUAAACUAUUCAAUUAUUUAUUUAUUACUUAAUAUUCUGUUCUUUAUUUUUUUAUUUUUCGUUUUUUAUAAUUUUAUUUAAUUCUAGAUUUAUAACGUUUUUAUAGAGUAUUAUAUAAUUGUAUAGUACAAUAAAUUUGUGAUUUAUUUUUGUUUA